UCCAGGUCAGAUUCUCCUGGGCACUGCGCAAAGUAUGGGUCAUACUCUCUGAUAGAGGACAGAGUGAACAAGGUGGUGGAUGUUCAGCUUGUUCAGAGCUCAGAGGUCCCCAACAGCUCAUGGUGUGAGCUUGAAGGGCUCAAGCGCAGUGUUGGCCUGCUGAGGGGAAACGACCUGCAUUUGGCAACGCUGAUCACGGACCGACAUCGCCAGGUUGCCAAAUGGGUGAGAGAGGAGCUGAUCCCUGAAGGGACACAGCAUUAUUUUGACGUGUGGCACAUUGCAAAAAGUCUGGGGAAGGCAUUGGAUGCAGCAUCCAAAGAGUGUGACCAACUACAGUUGUGGAGGCCAGCUAUAGUGAAUCACCUCUAUUGGACUGCAGCCUCAACCCCAGAUGGCAACCCAGCGGUCAUGGAGGCCAAAUGGAGAAGUUUAGUGAACCACAUCCAGGACAUCCAUGACCAUGACACCCCUGCCUUCUCCAGUUGUGCCCAUGGCCCUCUAGACGAAGAUCAGCGCAACAAAGAGUGGCUGGACCCAGGCUCAUUGGCAGCAGUCAAGUUGGAGAACAUAAUGAUGAGGGCUGCCUUGCUGAAAGAUGUUCGUCAGCUGUCUCCACAGCACCAGACCUUCUCCCUUGAGGCUUACCACUCCCUCAUCUUGCACUUCGCGCCCAAGCACACAGGGUUUUCAUACCUUGGGAUGUAUAGCAGGCUUCUCUUAGCGGCGCUGCAUUAUAAUCACAAUGCCAAUCGCGAGACAGCACGGAGAAGUGACGGGACGGAGAAGUACUGCGUGCGGUAUCCGCGCUUCAGAAAAGGUGCCCAUGUGGUGCGUCCCAUCAAAGAGGCAGCCUCAUACGGUUAUGCAACAUCAUUAAUGAAGGCCCUUCGGGAGAGCUACGACAAUUCACCCGCGGUUCUUCGAGAGGUUGGCGCCAAUUUGUCCUCCGAUGCACCCGCCCCCAUCGCCAAAUCCUUCGAACAGAUUCCUAAGGAGGAGGCCAUCAGCCUCUACCUAGCCCGGCAGUCACGCUUCAAGAAAACCUAAUUUCACAUUAUUAUUUUUUUCCACGGACAAGUCCAAUGAUUUAGUUGUUAUUAUUUGCAUGAAAUUUCUUUGUAUAUAAUUCAAAAUAAUUUGGUAAUCAUUUUACCUGUGCCUUGUCAACCUCUGUGUGCGGUGUUGUCUGGGCUCACUGUGUGUCUGCUUGAUGUGCUUUUGCAUGUAUCACUGCAUGUAUGCAUGCAUGAAAUAGUGUGUGUGUGUGUGUGUGUGUGAGAGAAAAAGAGAACCAUCAACUGACCCUCGGGUAUGACUACACUAUUGCAGAAUUAAUUAGAAUUAGAAUUAAACAUUGCGGGUCUAGCCCUUCAUCAGUGUUCCUUGUAUGUUUUGUG